AUGGUGAGUUGGAUGGUUGUGAUUAAUCAGAUGAAAAAGUCGAAUUGUGCAAAGCUAGUUAGUGACAACGGGACAAACUUUAUAGGAGCAAGCAGAAUAUUAAAAUCGUGGCUAAAUACGACUCAAGAUGAUUUAAGAGUGUCAUCAAAACUCUCAGACAUGGGAAUAGAAUGGACCUUCAUACCACCUUCAUCUCCUCAUUUUGGAGGGAUAUGGGAAUCGGGUGUUAUGUCGGCAAAACAUCACUUGACAAGAGUGAUAAAAGGUGCUUUACUAAAUUACGAGGAAAUGUCUACAUUAUUGUGCAGAGUAGAAGCAGUCCUAAAUUCGAGACCGAUGACACCACUCUCCUCUGAUCCAGCAGAUUUUGAAGCAUUAACACCAGGACAUUUUCUGGUUGGAGGUCCACUCACCUUACCACCUGAGCCUGAUCAUGCCACUACACCUAUUAACAGAGUGCACCACUUCAAACUUAUACAAGCAACGCUCCAAUUGUUUUGGCAUAGAUGGUCCUCCGAAUAUUUGCCUCAAAUGCAGAGACGUGGUAGAUGGACAACGCCAGGGCGAAAUCCUUCUAUUGGUGAUUUGGCGAUUUUAAAAGAUGAUACACUGCCACCAAUUCAAUGGCGUUUAGUGAGGAUCGUACGACUACACCCCGGUACCGAUGGUACAGUGAGGGUCGUAACAGUGCGCAAUUCAUCUGGACAAGAGUUGCGUCGCCCGGUUGUGAAGAUUGCAUUAAUUCCUAAUCAAGAAGAAGAUGAAGACGCUGUUGAAGUUCAAGACCUUCAACGUGGGGAGGAUGUUGAGGCCACGUAA